CAAGCGGUGUUUUGAAUGAAAUUGUUGGGUUUUGUCGAAUUAAAUCGUGAUUUUCUCGAUGAUAAUGCCUUCUGUCGAGGGAAAGAAUGGGUCAGAAGAUGAAGAAAUGGACCAAGAUACCCCAGAAAGUGACAAAUCCGACGAUGAUGAAUCUGAUACUUCAGAAUCCUGCGAAGAAAGUUCAGAAUUGGAUGAGGUAGAAUGUGACCAAAGGAGAACAGAAUGUAUAGAUAACAUGGCUGAUCUGGAGAGGCAGUUCUCAGACCUCAAGGAUCAGUUGUUUCGGGAACGAAUGCAGCAAAUCGAGGCAAAAUUGGAGGAGGUGAAAGCAGGGCGUGCUCAGGAAUACCUUAAUCCUUUGGCUCAACUACAAGAAAAUAUGAGAGUACGAACUCAAGUCGCUGGUAUUUUACGGGAACUAAGAAUAGUCAGCAUAAAAAAUAAAUUUGAAUGCGAGCGCCAAGCAGCUAAACAAAAUUAUGAGAGCGACCAAAUCAUCUUAUUUGAUUCGAUCAAAGCAGAAUUAGAGGAGAAAAUCAGGCGGCUGGAAGAAGACAGACACAACAUUGACAUAUCAUCAGAUCUUUGGAAUGAAUCUCAACAGAGUCUCAAGAAGAAAAAGAGUCGACACGACCCCAUGAAUCCAGAUCGGAGAAGAAAACCUGUUACUGUUACUGGUCCAUAUAUUGUUUACUUGUUGCCUGACAUGGAAAUCAUUGAAGACUGGACGACAAUAAAAAAGGCUUUAAAACAACAGUCGGCACAAAGAAGAAAAACGGAACAUGUUUAUCGAGCUGAAAAAUUUCCGUACAGUGCUAAAUUCGAAGAUGGUCGUUUAUAUUAUGAGAAUGACUGGUAUCAACGAGGCAACCAUGUCAUCAUCGACAACAAAGAGGAUUCACCUGUUCAUGCACAGAUCACAGCUCUCAACACAGGGGAGGUAUGGGUGAAGAAAUCGGAUGGAAAUAAAUCAAAACUUUACAUUGCACAACUGCAAAAAGGAAAAUAUACGAUACGGAAAGUGCCAUAUUGAUCACAAUUAAUCAUAAGACCUCAUGUUUCUGGUCUUGGACAUGUGACUUAUCUAUGGCAUUCCAACAUGUCAAAAGCGACUCUAGACUACCAAGGAACAGCAGUCAGAAUGUGAAAAUAUGACCAGCUGUUCUUGGUGUCUGGUGUUUCUGAUAUCGUAAUGUUACUGCCAUUUUGGAAAUUGUGUCAGAGAUUUGUGAAAAAGUGCUUUUGAUCAGCAGUUAUUCACAAAAGAGUGGUACUUCCAAUGCACAAAAAAGGAAUACUUUCACUGCAUGGAGAUUGGUGCUUCCAGUCAUGCCACGACAUGCCAUGGAAUCUCGAGUUCCAGUGUGUGGAGAGUUGGUACUGCCUGUGCAAUGAAUGUCAUGCUAUUGCACAGAGAGGAUCAUACCUCCAGCACACAGGAAGGGUGGUACUUCCCGUGCGUGGAGGAUGGGUUCUUCUGUGCAUGGAGAGUUUGUUACAUGUACUUCAAGUGCAUGAAUAUUGUUGAAACUGAGGACAUUUUGUGAUGGAACUCUUCGUUUUGAUGAUGGAGUGCUAUGGUUAGUGAUAUGGAUUUGAUUCAGAUUGAGCUAAAAUGUACUUCUAAAACUUACUUACUAAAACGAUCAUCCUGCCUGUAACUGAGACUGAGAGGCAUCGGAAUGGGUUGAAAUGGUGAUUGCACAAAAAUUAUUUCACUUUCAACAUAUACAGAGGAUUGAUGUGUAUAAUCCUAAUUUUGCACUCAACACUCUCCGCAAAUGUCAUUGGUUGGGUUAUGUAAUUGGAAAAAGUGAAUUACUGGAAUAGGUCCACAACCUAAAGAAGACAGAUGAUGUUAGAAAGUCCAUUUUUGCAGGUUCAAGUUUAUAUAGCCUCAUAAAUAAAUUGAAUGUUUUUGCACAUACAGUCACACUUAGUAGACAAGACAAUUCUAUUUGUUAUACCAGGUGUUAUAAACGAACAUUUGUAAACUUAUUGUAGAUAAUGUCAAGUGUACAGAUGAAAAAAACUAUGUAUAUCUGAAA